AUGAUCGGCUUCCCCAGGGUGAAACACUGGGUCUCGAACGGCAUCUUCAAUAGACUGCGGAAGUUGAAGGACGAAGUGAGGGCACCGGUACUGCCCACGAAGCGUGCACACGACGAAGUGCAUGCUGCGCAAACGACGGCGACGCAGAACAUGCUGGAGCCGGGGAUGACGGCAAAGCUGGGAAUGUCGUUGAUCUUGAUAAACAACGGCUCGCACGCUGUGGACAUUGAGCCUCUGGUGGCAGCCGCCGACCGCAUGGGAGAUGAAGCUGGCGUCCGUCCAAGCAAGAAUGUGCACAAGCUUUCACGUACCACUGGCUUUCACGCACCAACGGAUGCGACCAUCAAGUUUGCGCAGCCGACAUUGCCAAUGCGGCCGAACCCCUCGGGGAAUGGCGACACUGAUCGCAGAUCUGACGGAUGA